AUGGUUCGUGUCACGCGUGAUCGCGCCGAGGCGCCGGUCACCAUGCGUGGCUAUGCUCUCUGCGUCUUUGCGGCCUUUGGUGGUAUCCUGUUCGGCUAUGACUCGGGCUACAUCAGUGGCGUGCUGGCGAUGAACUACUUCAAACAGGAGUUCGGAAGCCCUUCGACGGACUCGACUGCUUCUGAUGGUCUCCUCUACCGCACUUGGGAGAAAUCACUCAUUGUGUCGAUCCUGUCAGCGGGUACCUUUGUUGGUGCGCUCGUAGCCGGAGCGUUCGCUGACUGGAUUGGCCGUCGUGCUACCAUCAUUUCUGGCUGUGGUAUCUUCUCUCUCGGUGUCGCCCUCCAAGUUGCGUCAACCACGGUCGCUCUGCUCGUCGCCGGUCGUCUCAUUGCAGGUCUUGGUGUUGGCUUCAUCUCAGCUAUUAUCAUUCUCUACAUGAGUGAGGUUGCGCCCAAGGCAGUCCGCGGUGCUAUUGUCUCUGGAUACCAGUUCUGCAUCACCAUCGGCCUCCUCUUGGCUGCGAUCGUCGACAAUGCUCUCAAGGACCGCAUGGACACUGGCUCAUACCGCAUUGCCAUGGCCAUGCAGUGGCCGUUUGCCCUGAUCCUCGGUAUCGGACUCUUUAUGCUACCCGAGUCUCCUCGCUGGUAUGUCAAGAAGGGCCGUACUGAAGAUGCUGCAAAGGCACUUGGUAUUCUUCGUGGUCAGCCCCUCAACUCGACCUUUGUGAGGGAUGAGCUCAAGGAACUCAUUGCGAACCAUGACUAUGAGAUGCGUCAUAUGAGAACUGGUUGGAUGGACUGCUUCCGCGGUGGAUUCAAGCGUCCAUCUAGCAAUCUCCGCCGGGUAUGUCUCGGUAUGGCGCUUCAGAUGAUGCAGCAGUGGACUGGAGUGAACUUCAUCUUCUACUAUGGUUCCACCUUCUUUCAAUCGGUCGGCAUCAAGAAUGCCUUCGUCAUCUCCAUGAUUACCAGCGCCGUCAAUGUGGGCUCCACACCCAUCUCCUUCUGGACCAUUGAGAAAUUCGGUCGACGCAUGCUCCUCAUCUACGGCGCCGUUGGUAUGCUCGUCUGCGAGUUUCUCAUCGCCAUUGUCGGUACUACUGCCCACGAAGGAAGCAAGGCCGCAUCUACCUGCUUGAUUGUCUUCACGUGUUUCUACAUCUUCUUCUUCGCCUCAACCUGGGGUCCUGCUGCAUGGGUCGUCAUUGGCGAGAUCUUCCCUCUGCCCAUUCGUGCAAAAGGUGUCGCGCUAUCCACCGCUUCAAACUGGCUUUGGAACUUCGUCAUUGGCUACAUCACACCCUACAUGCUCGACGAGGACAAGGGCAACCUCAAGUCCAAGGUCUUCUUCCUUUGGGGCGCUACCUGCACUGCCUGCGUCGUCUUUGCCUACUUCCUCGUUCCGGAGACCAAGGGCCUCUCGCUCGAGCAGGUUGAUCGUAUGCUCGAGGAGACUACGCCACGCAACUCUAAGAAGUGGAUUCCGCACCUGACAAACGAGGGUGACACCUCGUCGCUCGAGAGCAAGCACAAGAACCCGAGGGGGCCUCGGGCUGUGUUCCGUGAGCACAGCGAGGUUUAG